AUGGCAAGACAGAUUGUGUAUCUAGAUGACCUUAAAGCCAGAAGCGGUUGGAAAGUUGCUCAGCAGAUGGAUCAGAGGAACGUGUAUGCUAUACCAGAACUAGACCCAACUGACAACGACGUCGACAACGUCAUUGACCAAUGGUUGGAAUCUUCCAUGGAAACUGAUGCAGAAACACUUCGAGAUACAGAUGUUAUACAAGAACCGUUUCAGCUUCAAGGAGUGUCUUCAAUUGAAAUACCGAUUCAGUCAAUUACAAUUGACCUCGGUGAUCUUUCGUGCUACGAAGUUCCAGUGGGCCCGAACAACGAAAGUGAUGAGGAGGAGGAUUGGGAGACCGAAACUGAUGAUAGCGAGGAUAACAAAAGUUACUAUAGUUCAGAUGAUGAAUAA